UUAUAAACUAUAGGACAAAUUUAACUGUUAGUAAAAACUUGAGAGAAUUGGCUGGGGCCGCUGCUGCAAAUAUUUGAGUGGCUCCUCCUCUAACACGCGUUAUCUCACGCCAAACUUGGUUGUGUGCGUGAUACAGUCAACACCUCAAAUAAAGUGUUUGAACAAACCCAGCUUCAUUAUUCAGUACACCGCUUUCGUUCGUUCGUUUCGCUAAUGAACUGGCAACUGAGUGUACACACACACACACACACACACACGCACACACACACACACACACACACACACACACACAUACACACACACACACACACAACUGGUGGACAGAAGAAGGAAGCAAAGACAGCAGUGUGUACAGUUGGACAGGCAGACAGGCAGGUUGGUGGUGGUUCCUCCCUCCAGCUGUAUGUUGUCCAACAGGUUUGUGACGAGACUUUUCUCUCAGGUAACAAGUACUUAAUGGCCUGGCGGUUUCACCACUGAACUCAGCAUAAACAACGUCAGUUUCAGGUAAUACUGGUGCCUCCGUGUUUCUGAAACUCCAGAAGAAGUGUCGUUCUCUCCUGGACUCGCACGGAGCAGACUGUAGCCAGGUGAGGGGGCCACAGCAUUGGACUGGACAGAAACUCUUCCUUGUCAUUUCCCGUGUAGUGUUCUUGCUUCAAUGGCAGCCUUGUCAGCGGUCUGGAUUGUCGUGCUGUCCCUGCAGAAGCUGGCCCACUGCUCGGUCGCCUACAGAGGAGCUCCAGAAGAUCCGGUGUUGCUGGAUGAACAGUCAGCGACCUCCUUCCUGUCCCGCAAACUGCUCUUCAACAGCUGGGACUUUGAGCUGGUGACGCCUGGCAAUCUGGAGAGGGAGUGCAUAGAAGAGAAGUGUAGCUAUGAGGAGGCCAGAGAGGUGUUCGAGGACGACGCUAAGACGGAAUCAUUUUGGGCCAGUUAUGUCAACAGUCAAGCAAAUACACCCAGAGUGGAUGUGGCAGGACUGGUGGCAGGGAUCCUGGCUGUCGUAGUGUCUGCUAUUUUUGCCAUUGUGCUGGGAAUCUACUGCUACAAAUCCAAGAACAAGACUGGACAGAGGUCAGCACAGUCCAGAGCUCCAGUGAGGAUGGAAGCAGAUGGGCUUCCAGCCCCAGAGAUGGUGCCCCUGGCUGGGAUAACCGUCCCAGGUCUACCCUCCUACAAUGAUGCUCUAAACAGCAGUGGGCAGCACGAUGCCCCGCCACCUCCUUAUUCAGGGAGUGUGCCAUCAGCGCCGGGUAAUCCAGGAGAAAAUGAAUGAGAGGGCUGGCAGAGCCUCGUUAUUAUGGUUGAUGGGCAUCUGUGAUUUGAGUGAACUUUUAAAUGUUGCAUGUUUUUUUGAGAUACUGUAUUUAUGAGUGAAGUUAUGACACAAUCCCAGAACAGGACACUGCUGCCAGUAUGAUCUGCAUAUUGGCUGGCCAGUAGUCUGUCCACUACAGAUUUGAUGUUUUAAAGUGGGUGCAGCUUAGGGUGGAUAGCAUUUUGUCUGUACACUCAACUGUGUUCCUCAAGA